AUGAAUACAACAAACAUAACCUUCGAUCAAAACUAUGAGGUUACAUGGGGUGAUAAUCAUGUUUUGUCCUUAAACCAAGGAAAAGAAAUUCAGCUCACAAUGGAUAACUCUUCAGGAUCAGGUUUUGGAUCCAAGAUGACAUAUGGGUCAGGACUAUUCCAUUUGAGGAUCAAAGUACCCAACAGAAAUUCUGCUGGAGUUGUCACAGCUUAUUAUUUAACUUCACAAGGAAGUAGGCAUGACGAGUUAGACUUUGAAUUCUUGGGUGAUAGAGAAGGAAAGUUAUACAGAUUGCAAACCAAUGUAUUUGUAGAUGGCCAAGGGAAUAGAGAGCAAAGACAUCACCUUUGGUUUGAUCCCACUGCAGAUUUUCACAGUUAUAGAAUUCUUUGGAAUCAACAUCAAAUUGUAUUUUAUGUGGAUAACAUCCCUAUCAGAGUAUACAAGAAUAAAAGUAGUAUUGGAGUGGGUUACCCAUCAAAGCCAAUGCAAAUACAAGCAACUUUAUGGGAUGGUGAUAGCUGGGCAACAAAUGGAGGCAAAACCAAAACUAAUUGGAGCUAUGCACCAUUCAAAGCAAACUUUCAAGGUUUUGAUAUUAGUGGCUGUGAAAUUCCAAGCUCAAAUAGCUCUAUCAUCCCAAAUUGUUCUUCUGAUAAGUACUGGUGGAAUACUCUAAAGUUUUGGCAGUUGGAUCCUGUAAGACAGAGACAGCAUGAAAAUAUAAAACACAAGUACAUGACCUAUGACUACUGUGCAGAUAGGAAUAGGUAUCCAGAGCUUCCCUUGGAGUGCCUUUAUUAA